ACAGUGCAUAUACUUUUUGGCUACUAGCCUCUGUCGAAAACCUUUAGCCAUGUUCCUAGAGCGGGUCGAAUUGGGUUUAGGCGGGCUGAUUUCUCGGCCUUAACCUCGCUAGGAUUGGUCGCGAGGACAGGCCCCUUUUCCAUAAUUGCAUUGGUUUCGCACCUGAGAUACGAGUAGAUGACGAAACUUUGGUUGUGUAAUAAUAAGCUCAGGCCGUCGCUAUUUGCAUUUCUAUCGCUUGGGAGAACAUUGCUGCGAAACCCAUCGUAUCCUUAUAUGCUGCUGGUUGCUAUAUAAUCAAAGUCAUGUGCCGGUGCUCUUCAUCUAUGGAUUAGGCUGUUCCAGGCGAUGAUCUGCUCCGUUCGUCAUGAUCUAAAUGGCUCAAAACAUCUAUAGUACAAAAAAUCUAACAUAUAUUUUUCAUUGUCUUUUUGGUUAUAUUGUCGUAAAGCCGUUAAUUUUACAAUCAGUUCCUGCAUGAGUAACUACAACCCAAUAUGCCCAUUUUUUUUUUGUUUAUAUACAAUCCAAAACAUAUAAGUCAAAAUGAACGGAGCGGAUCGAGUAAAAUGAUUGCAUAUAAUCUAGUUCUGGAGGCGCUACUUAGGAACACUUUUUCUAUAUAUGAUCUUAAUGCUUUCUUGUACUGUAGGUUUUGCAGAAAUGUUCUUCCAAGUGAUAUUGCUAUUGAGAUUGAGGAUGUGUUCUUCCAUCUCCACAAGUUUCCGCUCUUGUCAAAAUGUGGAAAGAUUGCAAGAAUUGUAGGAGAUUCUAAAAAUGAGAAAGAAGAUGUAUAUCAUAUAAUAGGAUGUCCGGGGGGGCCUGAUGGAUUUUACCUUGUAGCACAGUUUUGCUAUGGAAUCACGGUGGAAUUAACACCCAAGAACAUAUUAAUGGUGUGUUCUGCAGCAGAAUAUCUUGAAAUGACAGAAGAAUUCGGAGAAGGUAACUUAUUGGCCAUGACAGAGAGCUUCAUUCACAAAGAUAUCCUCCGAAGCUGGAAAAAUUGCAUACUGGCCCUUCAAAGUGCACAGCAUUCUAUUUUCAAAGCGGAAACGCUCCCAAUUGUGAGCAAAUGUCUUAAUUCGCUCUCAACAAUGGUAUGUACUGAUCUUAGCCUAUUUGGAUGGCCUAUGAUGAUGUAUGGAAGUUUACAAAGCCCUGGAGGUAGUAUCUUAUGGAAUGGAAUAAACACAGGGGCUCGGAUUAGAAGCUCAGUAUCUGACUGGUGGUUUGAAGACAUUUCAGGCCUCAGCGUGCCAAUGUUUCAUAAGUUAAUGGAAAUAAUGGACAAGAGAGGGGUAAGAUCAGAAAAUAUAGCCAGUGCACUUAUGUACUAUGCGAAAAAACAUUUACCUGGUCUUGACCGAUGGCAGAGUUUUAGUUUAGUACCAUCUGUUGAUCCGAAGGACCUAUUGGAAAAGAUUACAGUGUUGCUCCCUGAAAAGAAGGGAAAAUCAUACUGCAGAUUCUUGUUAGGACUUCUACGAAUUGCUUCCAUACUAAACGCUUGCAAGCCAUGCAAGGACUCUCUGGAGAGAAAAAUUGGCAUGCAACUUGAACUGGCAACACUUGAUGAUCUUUUGAUUCCUAGCUUCUCAGAUUCCUAUAAUCUAUAUGAUACGGAUUGCAUUGAGCGGAUUGUAAGGUAUUUCUUAUCAUCUCAGGCAUCUUGUAUCCCGCCUUUUUCUCCUUCAUCUGAUCCUGAACUUUCUCCAUCCUCUAGUCCUUUAAGUACAGUUACAAAAUUAAUAGAUAGUUACCUUGUUGAGAUUGCUCCUGAUGUAAACUUGACUCCCGAAAAGAUGCGCUGUCUUCUGGUGGCUCUUCCAGAGUCCUUAAGAUCGCUGGAUGAUGGACUGUACCGAGCACUUGAUGUCUAUUUCAAGGCACACCCUUGGCUUUCACACAAUGAAAGGGAGAAUCUCUGCAGCAUUAUAAACUGUGGAAAGCUCUCCAUUGAUGCAUGUAGCCAUGCAUCACAGAAUGAUCGGUUGCCUCUGAGGUUCGUCCUCCAAGUACUUUUCUUCGAGCAAUUGCAGCUACGAACAACUAUUUCCAAUUGCCUUAAUGGCUUGGAAGGCGACAGCGCACCAACUAACACCGCGAACGACACAGUUGGAACAAUUGUGCAGAGGGAUGGGUGGGUUUCUCUUAUACAGCAGAACCGAUACUUGAAAGUGGAUAUGGAGCGCAUGAGGUCGAGGGUCAGACAGUUGGAACGAGAACUCACGAACAUAAAACAUGAUAUGGGUAGUACUGGCAGAUCUCAUGGUUUGACUCGUAGCAAAUCUAGAACGCUUUGGUGUGUUCCUUUACUACCUGGGGCCAGUGAUGCAUCUCCGGCAAUCAUUCAAAGUACAGGCCCGAGCCCCAGAAGAUCAUCGGCGGGAUCACAUAUUUCUCGUACGUGAACGCAAACGCGUGUGUAAAUCAUUUCUUAAUUUGUUCAUAGUAACACUACCCGGAGAGUUACUUUCAUGUUUUCUUUGAGGAAAGCAGCACAGGGGUAGAUUGUUAAACGUGCAUGGUAGAGUUUGCA